AUCUCUAUCAAUCAAGACCAAAUUCGAAGCCUAAUACUGCCACAAAAUGCCUGUCAAAGUCCUUAGAGAUCCCGGCGAAGUAAUCGAGGCGAUCAACGAAACCCCGAAGUCCGUCGUGGUACAUUACUGGCCUCCGUGGAUGGGGCCCAAUUCGCCUCUCCUUCCACUCUUCGAGGAGGCGGACGAGACCCGGGGGGGUGAGGUGGACUUGGUCAUUGUGAACAGUGGGUUCAUUCUCCCGCCGCAUUCACCCGACGAGAUGCCCUUGACGGUUCUCUAUAAGGGCGGGGAGGAGGUGGAGACUGCACCCUUCGAUCCCAUCCAAAUCCAGCAGCUUAUUGAUAAUGCGUGAGGGAAUAUGGACCGGAAGGUCUUAUUGUGCG